ACUUCCGACACGAUGACGCGUUACCUGGGAUUUAAAGGAGUUAUCUGAAUAGACUGAUCUUGCCUUAGUUGUGAAAGAGUCGUAUAUAUCUUCAUAACUAUUAUGUGACAGAAUACUAGUAAACGGAAGGAUCCUCAUAUUAAAGAAAAGGAAGGAUCUUCGUAUAAAAACCAAUUAUCUUUUCAAAACAACGGUGGAUUUCAUACAGCUCUGUGUAACACGGCCUAGCUGCUAGAGAUGUAAAGGAACAUUGCAACGAAUUCUACAGCAUAUAUCAUUACCAUCCCAGACGGGGAACACGAACUCAUCGUCUAUUCCCAGUUGCAUAUCCAUGAGCUUUGCACUUUCAUUGCAAAAUGUGAAAUCAGAAUUCGGUGAGGAGAUGAAGUCAUGAGAUACCCGGCUCCGUUAUUAUGAAUUUGGAUUAGCGUUUGCUAAGCUGCUUUACAUUUUGAUUCCACGCGAGGAUAAGAAACACUCUACCCAUCUCGCGCAUAAGCAAUAUUUUUUCUCUAGUCACUUGUACCCAGGAAUUUUAAGGAUAUUCAUUAAGGUUAGUACCCUUAAGCCAUACUUUGACGAGAAAAGGCGAUUUGUCUUGAGCGGAGCUACGUUUACCAACGCGCCGAUCGACCCGGGAUAUAUCGCGGCAGAGCCACGAGGGAGUUGUCAGUAAAGCCUGGUGGCGGCUUUCGGGAAAUUACUAUGCAUGGCGGUACACCAGACGUUCAGGCUGCCGUGAUUUCGCAAGUGAUGCUUUCACCUUCUUUUCUGCAUACUCUCUCUCUUUCUCUCCGUCACGUGGCGGUUCGGAGUUUAGAGAGGAGGUAAAGGAAUGGAGCGACAAGAUUUUCUAAAUCGAGCAUAUCCAUACUAGAGGGCUUUAAUCAAAGGAAACUGAUAUAAAGAGUGAUCAUCGCUUCGCGUAGAUUAGCAUACGGUUGAGGGUGACAUCUGCUGUAUUUCUGGGUCAAUGAUAUUGACCCCGCGAUAAAAGAGACGACGGGAGAGCUAGGUUUACAUCUUCUUGCCUCCUGAAGGGACAAAAGUCAAGCAUGUCUUGGAAAUAGAUAUAGAGCCGAUCUAUAUAAAAGAGAUCAUGACCCCUUGGUCGAUAUCAUUUUAGUUCAGUUCAAUAGUUAAAGGAGUCCGGACCAUUGAUUCCAUCAUGUCGAAUUCGAAUUCGUCACUCCUGCAGGCAGGAGAGGGCGGGCUUCUACCUGAUCAACAUCAAGAGUUCAAUAUUUUGCAAUUGAGCCGUCGAGCGGCUCCGGAGCAACCAGGGUUAAACUUCACGGCAAUAAUAGCCCUGCAACCGAGCACCACUAUACUAAUACCAAUUAUUAUGUUUAGUGUAGGAUUGAUAGGAAAUAUAAUAGCCUUAGGAGUAUAUUAUUGCUCAUCAUCAUGGCAUCGGUCCACGGCCUUCUAUGGAAUACUCCGUGGGUUCUUCAUCACCAGUAUUAUCGGAUAUCUGUCUGUCUACCCCAUUAUGAUAGCUGUCCAUAUUAACGGCUUACACUGGAUCGGGGGAUCAAGGCUAUGUGACUUUCAUGGGUUUUGUGUCCUGUCCUUCGGAAUGUCCCUAGCCUAUAUGACAGGGAUCCUUGGUUUUGAGCGCUUCCUCGCCGCAUGUCGCCCGGUAACGUACAAUCGUAAAGUAGAACCUCGAAAGAUACCUUUUGUGCUUGUACUGCUAUGGGUCGUCUCCAUCUUCACAGGUAUCUUACCUCUUGUAGGGUUUGGACGGAUCACUUUGCAAUACCCGUCCACGUGGUGUUUUAUUGAUUGGAGGGACGAAGAGACAGUGGGUCGUCUGUUCAGUAGCGUGCUAGCGACUAUCAUCGUCGCAGUCAUCCUACUCGUGAUUGUGUCUCUCUUUGCCGCGGCCAUUGGCGCGCUACACAGGACUAUCAAGAAGUGCAAAGACACUACGGCAGACAAAGAUAAUGAGAGAGGACGCUAUAGUUUGACUUUGACGAUCGAUGAUAAUUCACAUAGGAUACCAAGGCGAUUUUUUGCAGCUGAUAGGGCUCUACUGUGGGCCACGAUCCAAUACAUCCUUCAAGCAAGUGGAUUUUUAGUUUGUUACAUUCCAAUAGUGAUGAGAAUAAUCUCCAAUGUCUCAGGGCAGCCACUCAACAACUUUAAGAACAUGGCUGCGAUGCACUGGGCUGAGUUCUACCCCGCCUUCUGUCCCUGGCUCUACAUCCUGUGUCACGAGCAAAUCUGGAUGCGCCUGACCUGCAGACAACCUGCCUACCGGGACGUCCCCUACUCCAGACAAAGCUUACGCCGUCGCAGCACCCGCAAUAGGCGGUCAUCCAGUCGCGGUCACGACUGCAUCCGGGAAGCCAGCGUCCGCAGCCCCCGGGAAUCGUUAUCGAUGGGGACCAGCAACCACGUCAAUGUGGUCAUGCACGAUCACGUGGAUGGUUACGCGGUGGACAGUAGACAAGAAAGCUCGAGUAGAGAAGAAGAACCAGUUAGGGGACGAUCGGCCAGGAAAAAACUGGAUUUCAUUAAAGAGGACGAUGCCUCCAAUGGCCGCUCCCCACAGAGUCCAUCAGCGGCGAAUUCUCCUGUAGGCCUACCAACAUUACCGACAAAAACAUCCCCACCGGGUAAAGUUAGAUCUUUAUCGUCAUCAUCGACAGUUUCAUCAUCGAGAUCACCUACAAAAGCUGCUCCACGAUCGCCAUCAUCGUCGUCCACAGCUUCAAUACCGAAUUCGCACCGGUCACCAUCGGCAUCAUCCGAACCUUCGCUUCCCAAAUCGCCGAGGACCGACACGCCACGAUCACCAACCGCGGUGUCAUCCCCGCCAUCAUCCAUCACGGAUCCCCUUAUAUCGAGUACACCAAAGACAAAACUCGUAGUGACGAACAGUUUUCCAGUCGCAAAUGGGCCAAUGAUACAGAACCAUGUCAAUGCCACCCGAAGCAAAAGCAGCGCUGCUAGUACAACUGGCGGCAGUAGAAGGAACAAGAAAGGAGAGUACAGUCGUGUACCGACAGAACCAACUGACAGUGUGCCACCAGCAAACGUCGUAUCGAGAAGAAGCACUUUCGCAAAGGCUGGACGCAAGGAAUCAUCUAUAUGAAUGACUGUUGACAUUAAUUCUUUCAGAGAUUCUCACGCUCUCAGACACCUCUUGAAAUUUCUCAUGCCUUAGACUCAACUUAGGAAAUAUGCUAAGGGUAUACUGAUAGCGCGCCAACGAAAUUAUUAUUAUACGAGAAAACAACUGACCCAAUUCGUCUUGAUCUUCUAGAGAAAAGUCUUAGGUAAAAGGCCUACUACAGAGAAUCACAUUUUGUAACAGGAUUGAGAUAUCUGUCCUCCUACUUGAAGAAAUUCUUUUCUGGUGCAUGUGACAUAAGAAUUAAAAAUUGGAAAAUAGCACGAAAACAGACAUUCUAAAGCUUUUCGUCUUGUCCUCAAUCGGAGUGAAUUCUAAGAUUGAACAGAAAGCCGAAAUCAGACCAAAGUAUUACCUGCCAACAUCCAUUUCAUUGUAAUUUAAUGGUUUAUUAUGAUAUUCGUACAUUGAGUGAUGUAUCUUUACUUUAAUUUAUUUGAUUCUUCUUGUUUGUGCGGUGUGAAAUCGAGCUUUAAUUAAAGAACCAAAUAAUAUGAACAUGCCUUUUAUAACGAGGUUGUCCUUCCAGUUGCUGUAUAUGUUUAUAAAGAUUGAAUUAUUCUUGUGCUUGAAAAGCACACAUUUUGUAAAAUUAGAAAGUUAGACAAUUCUGUUUUUCUUUUGGAACAUCUAAAUUCCUUUAACAAGGAUAUAUAAUGGCAUAUACAUUAUAAAAAUGAUGCUGUAAGAUUAUUUUGAAAAAAUGGGAUAUAUCCGAUGGAUGAUAUUGGGGCAUUAGUAGUCGAAAAGAGGGAAUCAAGAAGUUUUUCAUGAUCUAGAUUGAGUUUUAUGCCAUAAUAAUUUCCUCAUUUUUUAAGACACCGUGAAGCGGUUGCAGGACUGUUGAACAAGUAUUGCUAUAAUGUUCACUAUAAUACUUGCAUCCCUACAUACCCGAAUCUCUUUCCUUCAUUCUUUUGUCUCUCCCCGUUUCAAAAACUUCCAUCUCUAUUUUUGUUUUCUCUCUCUCUCUCUCUCCAUCUAUCUUUCUAUCUACCUAUCUAUCUAUCCACCCAUUCAUCAGUCGUUCAAUCUCUUUCUACAUCUCCCUCCUUCCUCCCCCUCUCUCCCUCGAUACCAUGACUUGUGUAUCGCUGAAUUACACACAAUUUACAUCGCAUUUGUACUUUUUGGGGUUACAUUUUAUUUUAAAGGUCUCAAAUAUUUUCCUUCUAUAACAUUGUAAAUAUAAUUUAAUUUCUUAUGAUAAGACAAAGUGUAAUUUCUAACGGUCACGCGUUUCCCAAUUUAGAGUUCCAUAAAUAGGUAUUACAUUAAAUGGUUACCUGUUUCACAUAAGUUUAAAGAACCAAUGACAUUUUGGCAGCAAUUGCAAUCACAAUAUGUGUAAAGCUACAUUUAGGCCGAGGUCAUAACCCAACGGAAAUAUUUUCAAAAAUCCAAUUUGUACAGGUCAAUAUCAAUCAAUGUCAAUGUACAUCACGUAUUUAUAACAUAUGAUCGCUCUAUUUUAUGAAAUAUAAAAGUUUUUUGCAAUCACAUCUGCGCGAUAUGCCAUAUUCUGGAAGUAUUUGCAACUGCAACGAGUAUUUCUCGAGGAAAGUAUGUGCUCGAUAAUGCAUAUCUGAAAGUACUGUAUUCAUGAACCGUUUUACAAUGCUUGUCUAGAUAAAUUAUGUAAAUAUUUGAUUUGUUUAUAUUCUGAAGUGUCAAUAAAAUAAUACAUGCGAGGCAGCAUAUCAUUAA